AUGGGAGCCCCCAGGGUGAAGGUGUCCGUUAUCUCGCCGCUGCUCGUGCUCCUAUUGUGCAUCCUCCCCUCCCACGCGCAGGACGAGUACUCUGGUUACCACUCAGGUGAUGAACACACCUAUGAGGGCUCCUUGGUCGACAACUAUGAGCAUUCAGGAUACCCACAACCAGAGGAAUACCCACCGGAGCCCACUCACAGUUAUGAGGAGCAGCAAACCUCAUCUGGAUAUGACCCCUAUGCACCAGCCCCCACCAGUGUGAGCAUGAUCACAGAGGACUCCUACCCCUACACCACCACCACACAGGUGAGGGGAAGUCAAGGGGGAAAGUAUGAUCCCUACGAAGAGUCGCUCCAGGCCCCUGGUGGUGGGGAGGCUUCUCUGGGGGAGGAGGGGCCAACAGACUGUAACUGUGAGCCUGGAGAGCCAGGGUUCGCUGGGUUUGCAGGGCCCAAGGGAGCCAGAGGACUGCAAGGUAAAGAUGGCUUCCCUGGGGCUCAGGGACGGGAGGGGUACAAAGGAUUCAAAGGAGUUCUAGGAAGAGGAGGAGACACAGGGCCUGAGGGUGACUCCGGGCCUGAUGGGGAGGACGGUGCCUCUGGUUUCUCUGGAGCCCAGGGCUUGCCUGGUCUUCCUGGAGAUCCAGGUGAGACAGGGGUGCUAGGACUGAAGGGUGACAUCGGUAUGGAGGGGCCACGCGGAGGAGUGGGGGUAACGGGUGAAACUGGUCCAAUUGGUGAGGCAGGGCCUGGUGGGCCUGAUGGAACUGGAGGUAUCAAGGGAUCAACUGGAGCAGAAGGGAAACAGGGUCCUGAGGGAACAGAAGGGGAAAAGGGUCAGAUUGGAGCACCUGGAUUCUCAGGAGACCAUGGGGAGAUGGGCUAUAAUGGGUAUCCUGGAGAGCCAGGAGGCAGAGGAGAGACUGGUCACAAGGGUGACCAAGGCCCAGGGGGCAUGCCAGGCAGUGAUGGGGAGCCUGGAGAGGAUGGUCCUCUUGGAGUUCCUGGGGUGAUCGGCUUUCCUGGAGAGUUUGGACAAAAGGGCGCGAGAGGGGAUCGUGGUGUGAGGGGACCUCCUGGGAGAGUAGGAGCUGGGGGGCCUCAAGGAGCGAGAGGAGAUGCAGGAGUUCCAGGGAAACCAGGACCUAAAGGCCUGCAAGCCCAGCCUGGAGCCAAAGGGGAGACAGGACCUGAUGGUGAGAAGGGCGGGGUUGGAAGAACUGGUGUGAAGGGAGAGAAAGAGGACAAGGGAAGUUUUGGAGCACGUGGUGACAAAGGACAGCAAGGGGAGAGAGGUACCAUCGGCCCUGAUGGCAUUGUUGGACGAAAUGGACCCCCCGGCAUCCCAGGCUCCAGAGGAGAGCCAGGUCCAGGCGGUGACCUGGGCGUCAAAGGUGGCUCUGGACCUAAAGGAGUGCCAGGUGCCCCUGGCCCUGGGCUGACAGAUGAGCAGGUAUUGCAGCUGUGUAAAGGAGUGGUGACAGCUCAGAUCUCCCAGUAUGCAGCUUCCAUCCGGGCCAAGUGUUCCCAAGGCUGCCCUAUCAACAACCGCACACUUAUUGGGCCGCCCGGAACCAGGGGACCAACUGGAGAAUCAGGCAAACCCGGUAAAGCGGGCAAAGCUGGAGUCAUAGGAGGCAGGGGCAUCCAAGGGGACACGGGAGUGGAUGGUCAGAAGGGGGCAGAGGGUGAAAGAGGAACAAAAGGUCUGAAAGGAAAGGGGGGUGAGCCUGGUAAAGGUCUGCCAGGACACGAUGGGCAUCAAGGCCUCAGAGGGCUGCCAGGACACCCAGCAGAGCCAAAGAACGGUAUGGCAGGUCCCAGAGGGCCCCGUGGUUUCACAGGCGCUUUGGGCCAGCCUGGCAUGGCAGGCAACGCAGGAGUGCCUGGCUUCUGUGAGGCACGGGACUGCAGCAUUCACGCGCCUGUGAUGCGCAAGGAGCAGGGCCUAGUGAAGGGACCCCGUGAUCUAAGCCCCAAGAUUUAACCCCAACAAGGAGUUUCAGGAAAAGGUGAAGGAAUGGUCCACGACGAGAGGUCACUCUGGACGGUCGCUCCAUGGCAACAUUGAAGUUAAUUCCAUUCACAUCUCAGCCAAACCAGGAAUUGACAGAGUUUUGAACUGGGAAAUGACCAAUGUGUACAGCAUUGGUCUUUUUGAAUUUCAAGCCUAAUUCAAUUCCUGUAUUGACUGGUAUUGAAAUGGAAUUAAUCCGAGCACUGUUCAAUGGGGCUCACCAGUGAUGGAAGGGUUUGGUGGGACACGCUGGACUCUGCAAAGAGAUGAAACCAGCCUUGACGCAUUUCAUCUGAGCCAAGCAAGGCUCCAAAUUAACUCUGUUUAGGCAUAAUUGAUACCUUUUAUGUUAGGCCAAAAUGUAUUUUUUAUGCAGAAACAAAAAAUGUAAUUGUCUUCCUCCAUGCAAACCAUAAGUAAAGGCAAACCAUAAGUAAAGGGGCUUGAGAAACUGGCUAGACGAAAUUGGCAAAAAAUUAAACUUGCAGGAGUCUCUGGCUACCAGUCAGGUUUUGUUUUUGAUAUGAUCAACAAUGCUGUGUAUACAUUGAAAAUAAAAAGUGAUGUAAAUAAUUUUGUAAAGUA